UUUAUUAAUUUUAAUGUCUCAAGUAAAAUUCCCAAUGCGAAAUAAAUGGUCAGCAAUUAAAAUAAAAAUAAAAGACAAAUCAUAAACAAGUAAUUUCCUCAAUAAUCACUUAACCUGAAAUGAUAUAAAUAAAUGAAAUUUUCCAUUAAAGAACGUAAAUAUAGCUCUUGGGUGAUGCUACAAGGUCUAUGUCUUUACGUAUUAAAUUGUUCGAAAACAAAUCAAUUAACCCAAAAUAAACAAUAGAACCCAUUUAAAUACCGCCCCAGGAAUUUGAACUUUCACUCAUUAUAAUUUGUUGACAUUUUCAAGUACAUUUUUGUCUAAACAAUCCAUUGCAAAACCUGCCAGAAUGUUUUUAGCCAAGCCAACAGCAGUAACCCAUCAAAAUAGCCUAAAAACUUUGUACAAUAUUGUUAAUAAAACAACAGCUUCAAUGGCAGCCAUAAAGCCCAAGUUUCCCAACACAUUGAAUCUGCCAUCUUUGCCAGUUCCUUCAUUAGAACAAACUGCUGAUAAAUAUUUGAAGUCUGUAAUUCCAUUUCUCAGCACUAGUGAAUUGCAAAAGACCAAAGAAUUGUUGGAGAAAUUCAAGGAUGAAGCAAAGCCAUUGCAGCAGUUGUUAGUCAAGAGGGCUCAGUCCACGGAAAACUGGCUGGAUGAUUGGUGGCUGAAUGUGGCUUAUCUCGAAUACAGGGAUCCUGUGACGGUAUUUUCGAGUCCCGGUCUGGUGUUUCCCUUUGAGGAGUUUGAAACUGAAAAUGACCGGCUUGCUUACACUGCAAAGUUGAUUCUAGGGGCUUGUGAUUACAAAUUGGCAAUUGAUAAUAAUGCCAUUCCUCUAGACAAAAUGGGGAAAGAUCCACUUGAUAUGAAUCAGUACAAAAAAAUAUUUGGCACCUGUAGGAUACCUCAAGAAAAAAGGGAUGGACUGGAGUUUCACUCAGACUCAAAACAUAUUGUUGUAGUCAGAAAUAAUAAUUUCUUCAAAAUGGAUGUCUUAAGUACAAAUGGACAACUACCCAGCUAUGGGCAAGUGAUAAGACAGUUAGAAGAAAUACUUCAACAAUCUGAAGAACCUGGAUUGCCAGUUGGAAUUCUAUCUGCAGAUCACAGAGACCACUGGGCCAAAAGUUAUGCCAAUUUAUUAAAAGCCAGUCCAGACAACGAAAAUUCUAUCAAGGAGAUACAAAGUGCUUUAUUCCUGGUUUGUUUGGACAAUCCAAUGCCUGGAAAUGAUGGCAAUAGAAGAAGUUUGGCUUCUAAACAAUUCAUCCAUGGUGGAGGAAGUAGAGCUAAUUCUGGCAACAGGUGGUUUGAUAAGACUGUACAGUUUGUGAUAGGAGUGGAUGGAACUGUAGGACUGACCUAUGAACACUCACCAAGUGAAGGACAACCAAUUGCUGUUAUGACUGAUUAUGUUGUAGACUAUACGAAAAAGAGUAAUAUUUCCCUCCCUGACAUUAACAUUGAUUUUCUACCUACAAAAUUACCAUUUAAAGCUGAUGAAGCAGUAAAUAGAGAUAUUCAUGCAGCUAGUACCAGAAUAGAUGAUUUGGCAGACAAUUUGGAGCUGGACAGCUUCAAAUUCGAGGAUUAUGGCAAAGAAUUUGUAAAAACUCAGAAAAUGAGUCCAGACAGCUUUAUUCAAAUUGCUAUGCAGUAUGCCUUCUACAAAAUUCACAAAUCACCUGGAGCUCAUUAUGAAUCUGCCGCCACCAGAAAAUACAUCCAUGGUCGUACGGAAACGAUUCGGUCCUGUUCCAUCGAGAGUAUAGCUUUUGCACAGGCCAUGCUUAGCAGAAGCAGUGACGGCGACAAAGUUAAAGCUCUAAAGGACGCUGUUAACUCCCACAAGAAAUAUUCAGUUGAGGCUGUGAAUGGAUUUGGCGUAGACAGGCAUUUAUUAGGUUUAAAAUUGACGUCAAUAGAAAAUGGUUUGCCACUGCCAGAACUUUACAAGGACGUAUCUUACUCACGCAGCACACACAUGAGAUUGUCUACAAGUCAAGUGGCUACAAAUUGUGAUGGUUUUAUGGUAUAUGGCCCACUUACCAAUGAUGGUUAUGGUUGCUGUUACAAUCCGAGGAAGAACGACAUUAAUUUCGGUCUUUCCGCUUUUGUUAACAACAAUGAAACGAGUGCUAGUAAUUAUAGGAAUACUCUGACACAAUGUCUUAGAGAAAUGCAUGAUGUUCUUGCCAAGACUCAAAAGAGCAAACUUUAGUUAAGUUAAUGUUAAUAUUGCUGAGCAAUCACAUUUAAAUGCAUUCAAUACUUUAUUGCAAUAAUUGACUUUCAAAUAUGAAUGUUUAUAUAAAAGCAAUGAAAAAAAUUAUAUUUUAAUAACUAUUAUUUUAUAUAAAGCUUUUACAAAUAAA